ACCAUCUCAGUUAUUAAUGUAUUUAGAUGGUGCUGGAGGCACUGGAAAAUCAAAAGUUAUUAAAGUGAUCUGUGAAUACUUUAAGCAAACCAAUCAAGAAAAAACUCUUGUCAUUUGCACUCUAACUGGUUUUGCUGCAUCCAAUAUUGAAGAUUGUACUCUUCAUUCCUUAUGCAGAUUCAGAUUUAGUGAGGAUGAUGAUAAUGAUUAUAGAUAUAACUUUCUAUAA